UUCUCUCCACUCCCCCGGCCGCAGUGCACGCCGGGCAAGAGGAAGACCUCCACAGGCUCCCCGCGCAGCGCGGCUGUGUUUGCGGCCUGUGCGAGUAGGCGCUUCGGGAGCGGUCUACCGGUGAGCGGCGCGCAGAAGCCUCGAACCGGUGGAGCCCACUCGUAACCUGGAGCCCGGAAGGCCUUGAAGACAGUACCGUUUCCUCAGCGGCGGGAGUCUAUCCUGAACUUAGAUCCUGUACAUUUUGGGAACUUAUUUUAGAAAAGAUCUAAGUUUUAAAAAUUCUCAAUGGACAGACAGAGAAAAGAGGGUCUUUGCCAACUCCUUUGGACCGCUGCAGUAAGAAUGUCUUUCCCCCCUCAUUUGAAUCGCCCUCCCAUGGGAAUCCCAGCACUCCCACCAGGGAUCCCACCCCCGCAGUUUCCUGGCUUUCCUCCACCUGUACCUCCAGGGACCCCAAUGAUUCCUGUACCGAUGAGCAUUAUGGCUCCUGCUCCAACUGUCUUAGUACCUACUGUGUCUAUGGUGGGAAAGCAUUUGGGAGCAAGAAAGGAUCAUCCAGGAUUAAAGACUAAAGAAAAUGAUGAAAAUUGUGGUCCCACUACUACGGUUUUUGUUGGCAACAUUUCUGAGAAGGCUUCAGACAUGCUUAUAAGACAGCUCCUUGCUAAAUGUGGCUUGGUUUUGAGCUGGAAGAGAGUACAAGGUGCAUCUGGAAAACUUCAAGCCUUUGGAUUCUGUGAGUAUAAGGAGCCUGAGUCUACCCUCCGUGCACUCAGGUUAUUGCAUGACCUGCAGAUUGGAGAGAAGAAGCUACUUGUUAAAGUUGAUGCAAAGACAAAGGCGCAACUGGAUGAAUGGAAAGCAAAGAAGAAAGCUUCUAAUGGGAAUGCCAGGCCAGAAACUGUCACUAAUGAUGAUGAAGAAGCCUUAGAUGAAGAAACAAAGAGAAGAGAUCAGAUGAUCAAAGGGGCCAUUGAAGUUUUAAUACGUGAAUACUCCAGCGAGCUCAAUGCCCCUUCACAGGAGUCAGACUCUCACCCCAGGAAGAAGAAGAAGGAGAAGAAGGAGGACAUUUUCCGCAGAUUUCCAGUGGCCCCAUUGAUCCCUUAUCCACUCAUCACUAAGGAGGAUAUAAAUGCUAUAGAAAUGGAAGAAGACAAAAGAGACCUGAUAUCCCGAGAGAUCAGCAAAUUCAGAGACACACACAAGAAACUGGAAGAAGAGAAAGGCAAAAAGGAAAAAGAAAGACAGGAAAUUGAGAAAGAACGGAGAGAAAGAGAGAGGGAGCGUGAAAGGGAACGAGAAAGGCGAGAACGGGAACGAGAAAGGGAAAGAGAACGUGAACGAGAAAAGGAGAAGGAACGGGAGCGGGAACGAGAACGGGAUAGGGAUCGUGACCGGACGAAAGAGAGAGAUCGAGACCGCGAUCGAGAGAGAGAUCGGGACCGCGAUCGAGAACGGAGCUCAGAUCGGAAUAAGGACCGAAGUCGAUCAAGAGAAAAGAGCAGAGAUCGUGAAAGGGAACGGGAGCGAGAAAGAGAGAGAGAGAGAGAACGGGAACGAGAAAGAGAACGGGAGCGAGAGAGAGAGCGAGAAAGGGAACGGGAGCGUGAGAGAGAGAAAGACAAGAAGCGAGACAGAGAAGAGGAUGAAGAAGAUGCAUAUGAACGAAGAAAACUUGAAAGAAAACUCCGGGAGAAAGAAGCUGCUUAUCAAGAGCGCCUUAAGAAUUGGGAAAUCAGAGAACGGAAGAAAACUCGGGAGUAUGAGAAAGAGGCUGAAAGAGAAGAAGAAAGAAGAAGAGAAAUGGCAAAAGAAGCUAAACGACUGAAAGAAUUCUUAGAAGAUUAUGAUGAUGAUAGAGAUGAUCCCAAAUAUUACAGAGGAAGUGCUCUUCAGAAGAGGUUGCGUGAUAGAGAAAAGGAAAUGGAAGCAGAUGAACGGGAUAGGAAAAGAGAGAAGGAAGAGCUAGAGGAGAUCAGGCAGCGCCUUCUGGCAGAAGGGCACCCGGAUCCAGAUGCAGAACUCCAGAGGAUGGAACAAGAGGCUGAGAGGCGCAGACAACCACAAAUAAAGCAAGAACCAGAAUCAGAGGAAGAGGAAGAAGAAAAGCAAGAAAAGGAAGAAAAACGAGAGGAACCCAUGGAAGAGGAGGAAGAGCCAGAGCAAAAGCCCUGCCUCAAACCAACUCUGAGGCCCAUCAGUUCUGCCCCAUCUGUUUCCUCUGCCAGUGGCAAUGCAACCCCCAACACUCCUGGGGAUGAGUCUCCCUGUGGUAUUAUUAUUCCUCAUGAAAAUUCACCAGAUCAACAACAACCUGAAGAGCAUAGGCCAAAAAUAGGACUAAGUCUUAAACUGGGUGCUUCCAAUAGUCCUGGUCAACCUAAUUCUGUGAAGAGAAAGAAGCUCCCUGUAGAUAGUGUCUUUAACAAAUUUGAGGAUGAAGACAGUGAUGACGUACCCCGAAAAAGGAAACUGGUUCCCCUGGAUUAUGGUGAAGAUGAUAAAAAUGCUCCCAAAGGCACUGUAAACACUGAAGAAAAGCGCAAACACAUUAAGAGUCUCAUCGAGAAAAUCCCUACAGCCAAACCUGAGCUCUUUGCCUAUCCUCUGGAUUGGUCUAUUGUGGAUUCUAUAUUGAUGGAGCGACGAAUUAGACCAUGGAUUAAUAAGAAAAUCAUAGAAUACAUAGGUGAAGAAGAAGCUACAUUAGUUGAUUUUGUUUGUUCUAAGGUUAUGGCUCAUAGUUCACCUCAGAGCAUUUUAGAUGAUGUUGCCAUGGUACUUGAUGAAGAAGCAGAAGUUUUUAUAGUCAAAAUGUGGAGAUUAUUGAUAUAUGAAACAGAAGCCAAGAAAAUUGGUCUUGUGAAGUAAAACUCUUUUUGCGUUUAGAGUUCCAUUUGAGCUUUCUUCUUCUUUCCCAUCCUUCAAAGGACUUUGAAUUUUUCUUUGUCUUUGAAGACAUUUGUGAGAUCUGUAAUUUUUUUUUUUAAUGUAGAAAAUGUGAAUUUUUUUGUCCUCUAAUUUGUUGAUGCUCUGUGUACUCCCUUGGUUGUAAAGACAUCUGAAUCCUGCCUUGGUUCUGUUUAUACUCACCAGGUACAAAUUACUGGUAUGUUUUAUAAGCCGCAGCUACUGUACACAGCCUAUCUGAUAUAAUCUUGUUCUCCUGAUUUGUUCCUUGUAAAUAUUAAAAUGACUCCCCAAUUCUUUUGCAGAAUUGCACUUAAUAUUGAACUGUACUGUAUAGGAACCAACAUGAACGAUUUUAAUUGAAAGAAUUCCAGUCACACCUAUUACCCUUUCCCCCUCGAUCAGAAAUGGCAAGCCCUUGUGAAGGCAUGGAAUUUAAAAUUAGAGUGCGAAAAUUAGCAGACAGUCCAUUCCUACUGUAUCCCUGUGUGAAUGUGUUUGUGUGAAUGUAUGUAUAAAAGUCUUAUUCUUUCCUAAUUUGCUUUGGAGGGCUCUCCCUUAAACUUUUCCUAAUUGGAGAAUAGAGUUGUAAAGGAAGCAUGGUAUUGUACCAACCCAAAUAUCUGGGAUAAUUAGGUUAUUAGUCUCUCAGAGCAUGGUAUUCUCUUGUGGCAGGCUACAGUCUGUUGAAUGGAAUGGGGUUUUCCUGUUGUCAGCCUCUCUUUUAAGGGAGUGUGAAUCAUAGUGUUGUGUCCUGUCCCCGUCCUGUUCCCCUCCCCUCCUUCCCCCCAUCUCAUUGGUCAGAAAUGAGGCAGAUUCUUAGAUUCCGGAGAGCUUUAUUGAUGCAUUUUUGCACUAAUUGGUCCUUAGUUGAAUUUUGAUGUACGCCUUUGUUUAAAAAAAAAAAGCAACUUAAUUCGAAAGGUGUAAUUGAAAAAACCCUUUUUUAAAAAAAAAAAAGAUAAAAUUAGGCAGUUUUACAGACUAGGAAAGUUGGACAAAACAGAAUUCAGCAUGGUAAUUUACAAAGUUUACAUCUUAUUUUUAAGGAUAAAGUAAUUCAUUUAAGGCAGUUACCACUAGUUGUUUGUUUUGUAAAAGGUUUAUAUCUUGUGUGUGUAUAUGCACGCACACACCUUGUUUACCUCUGCUCAUCAUAGUUUAAAAAUAUACUGAUGGUGUUCUUAGAGACAUACAUGGGGCUUGCUUUAUUAUAGAUCAGAACUUCACCAAGGAGCAAAAUUGCCUGAAAAUGUAACACUUUUUAAACAGUUCUUAACAUAAAUUAGGUGCAGCUAUUCCCAUGUCUGAGUAUUUAUUUAAAAGAAAGAUAAAGAUGGGGGGGUGGUGUUAAAAAUGCAUAAUUGAACUUGAGUUACUAGAUUUUUUUUUACAUCCUAAGAGGACAUUUGAAAACACUGUUCUUACCAUUGGACCAUGACAUGGUUCCAUUAUGUAAAUAUUUCAACUAUUAAAAAUGUAUAUAUUUGAUUUUGGGGACUCAUUCUUUCAGAGUCUUGUUAAAUAAAUGGCAUCACAUGGUAAUUGUUUGGUGCUCACUAGAAACUUAUCUUGAAAAUAUCGGCUGAAUUUUUGAUGGACUUGAUUUUUAUGAGUAUUAGUAAUUGAAAGUCAGAGGCCAUUUACCUUAUUUUGGUUUAAUCUGUACAUCUAUGGACAGUGCCCCCUUUUAGUGUUAGAACAUUUUAAAUUCUGGUUUCUCAAGGGAAAAUUUCAGAAACAUGCUCCUUGCCAUUUACAAAUUCAUUUACUAGCCUUUUCUCAGAUUCAUGCCCAGCCUAACACUCUUUUGAAGCAGUUUAUUACGCCUCACUAGCUUCUCUUAUCAUAUUACUACUUCUAAGGCAUCAUAUUAGGUUGUUUUAUUUAGGCAGCAUUAACAUGAAAGUUUAUUCAGGUAGAUUUAAUUUCUCUUGCUUUGGUCUCUUCUGUUCUUUCACCAUAUUUAUCUUAAAGGACUCUUAUCUGAAACCGUUGGGGCGCACAUACCAUACACUUCACAACACCUCCAGUGAGAUUUGUGUCAGGACCUCAAAUUCAUACAUUAACGUUUCUGUAGCAGAACAGGAAUGAGAACAGUCACUGGGUUAAAGACUGCUACGUUAAUAGGUUAAUAUCAAUUCAAGUCAGAUUUUGCCACCAAGCUUAACUUUAAGGUUUUUUGGAGUUUCUUGUUUUUCAGAUUUGUCUAUAAAGAAUUGGACAUGUAUAAACUGGCAUAUUUUAGUGUCUGGGAGAAUAUACAUAAGAAAAUUUCUACUGAAUUGCUUGAGCUUCCUGGGUUUACCAUUUGCCAUAGAUUAUUUUCUGUUUGGAAACCUUAGUUAAUCCAUGUUGCCCAUUCAAGUAAUUAUAAAAUUAUAGGAAAGUCUUGAGAACCAUUCUUGAUCUAGUAGUUAGAAAACUAGUAUGUUUUUUCCUCAUUUGAUCCUGCAAAUAAAAUAAUUUAAAAUAUGUACAUCUUUACAGAGGAAAGAUAAAUUAUUUGAAGUAGUUUUUCUCAAACUUUAAUGUAUACCUGAAUGACCUGGGGGAUCUUGUUAAUGUGCAAAGUGAUUUAGUAGGGCUAGGGUAGGACCUGAGAUUUUGCAUUUCUGACUAGCUCCCAGAUGAUGCCAAUGCUAACUGAUCCAAGGACUAUACUUUGAUUAGCGGUUUGAGGUGUCUGCUCAGUACUAGUAUUUUACCCUAACAAACUACAUAAAAGUAGUGUAAUUUUCUUUUGAAGUAGAUUUUAAAGAGAAAAAUAUUUUGAGGCAAAUAAACAGAUAUGUAUUAUGUAUGUUCAUGAACGUAAUCUUCCAAAAAUGACGCCUGAGAACAACUCUAUGCCAGUCCCAGAACAUUUUCUCCUUAGAGAGCUUUCUAUUGUUAUUUACUCUGAAUCUUAUCAUAGUGCUUCCUGAUAAACUUUCUGUAUUAGGAGAGGCUAAUGAUUAUUUUGUGGAGAGUCCCAUUUCAGGUACUAACCACAUCUAAUGAAUACUAGAUAUGGUGGACAAAUUGAGAAAAUAGUGAGCUUGAGAGUCAAAUUGGACUAAACACUAUCAUUUUUUUCUCCUUUCAUAAUGAAUAAAAAAAUUUUUAAUGCAAAUAAAUGCAAGCAGGGAUGCAAUGUGUAUAUGAGGCUUAUUUACCCAGCUCUUUCUAGUAAGUUCUGUGUUUCCAUUUUCUACCCAAAAACUGCUGAAAGGUUUUAUGUCAAAAUAGUUUCAGAUUUUUCCAGAUCGUGUUUCAGCCUUCUAACAAUAUGAAAUCGAGAAAUAGUUUUUCCCAGCAAAAGAUGGUGAAAUUGAUUUGUGCAUGCUACUGGGUAUAUAGGGUAUGAGAAGGAAUCCCAGUUAGGCCAAGAAACAGUCAUUCCACAUGUCAGGAAGAAAACUGGGAAAUUCACAUACAGAUUUCCAACACAGGAACUAUUACUAUUACAUUCAUACUAUACACCAAAGUGAGCUUAUAAGUUUUGAUAAACUGGUAGAUUGUUUGAAAUGUGAUUAUUAUGUUAUAUUAUUGAAAUAUUUGUUUGCAUUUGAAUGCUUACAUUUUCAUCUCUAUUUGACAGAUUAUUUGCCUUUCAUUUUAUUAGUUGACUCAUGAAGGCCAAAUUAAGAAUGGCAAUCUGAAAUGCCCAAGAAGAAAAGAUAACUUCUAUAAACAAAAAUAAAUAAAAAUUCUUUUCAAGCCA